AUGGCUGACGAAGACCGACGCAACGACGACGAUGAUCCAUACUUACCUACGGUCAUGAAUCGUGGACCAUCACUGAAAAACUUCGAACCCGGGUACGACCUGCUGAAAUGGGCUUUCUUAGACGAGUCGCUGGCCUUACGCGUCUCGACAUGACUGUGGCACAGGAUCGGGAACGUUGGAAGCACUGUCUUACACGGCUGCUUCCGCGACCCGAAUGGAGAAGCGGCGAUGGAAGAUGAAGGAAGAUGUAACAUUAGUUUGAAGAUCGCUAUUCUUCCGCUCAAGGGCAUCCAUCCGGUGAUUCCGUCAUGA